UAGCGCGAUAUCAAGGCGAAAACAACAAUAACAACAACAAAAACAACAACAACAAUAGGAGGAGGCUGUUGCUAUUUUGGUUUUUGGCCAUUGUUGUUGUCGCUGCUGCUGCGGUUGCUUCUGGCGUUGAUGCAUUUGACAUUUGGCACAUUACAAACAGUGAACAGUAGCAUAACAACAGUGAACUACAGUAACUGUUUUUUCAAUCCUAAACCGUAACCAUGUCCGAUGAUGAGGAAUACACCAGUUCCGAGGAGGAGGAGGUUGUCGAGGAGACCAGAGAGGAGACGUAAAAAACCACCUCAGACACCAGCCGAAGGUGAGGGCGAUCCAGAGUUCAUCAAGCGUCAGGAUCAGAAGCGCUCCGAUCUCGAUGAACAGCUGAAAGAAUACAUCAGCGAAUGGCGCAAACAGAGAUCCAAGGAGGAGGAUGAGCUGAAGAAACUGAAGGAGAAGCAGGCCAAGCGCAAGGUCACCCGUGCCGAGGAGGAGCAAAAGAUGGCCCAACGCAAGAAGGAGGAAGAGGAGCGUCGUGUCCGUGAGGCUGAAGAGAAGAAGCAGCGCGAAAUUGAAGAGAAGCGCAUGCGUCUCGAGGAGGCCGAGAAGAAGCGCCAAGCCAUGUUGCAGGCCAUGAAGGACAAGGACAAGAAGGGACCCAACUUCACCAUUGCCAAGAAGGAGACAGGCGUGUUGGGACUGUCGUCCGCCGCCAUGGAACGUAACAAGACUAAGGAACAAUUGGAGGAGGAGAAGAAGAUCUCGUUGUCGUUCCGCAUUAAGCCCCUCGCUAUCGAAGGCUUUGGCGAGCAGAAGCUGCGUGAGAAGGCCCAGGAACUGUGGGAGCUCAUCGUCAAAUUGGAAACUGAGAAGUAUGACUUGGAAGAAAGGCAGAAGCGUCAGGACUACGAUUUGAAAGAGCUGAAGGAAAGACAGAAGCAACAGCUCAGGCACAAAGCCUUGAAGAAGGGUCUCGACCCAGAAGCCUUGACUGGCAAAUACCCGCCCAAGAUUCAAGUCGCCUCCAAAUAUGAGAGACGUGUGGAUACCCGCUCAUAUGACGACAAGAAGAAGCUCUUCGAGGGUGGCUUCGAUGAGAUCAGCAAGGAUUGUAACGAGAAGAUCUGGAACGAGAAGAAGGAACAAUACACCGGCCGUCAAAAAUCCAAACUGCCAAAGUGGUUCGGCGAGCGACCAGGCAAGAAGGCCGGUGAGCCCGAGACACCUGAGGGUGAGGAGGAUGCCAAGGCCGAUGAGGACAUCGCCGAGGAUGAGGAUGAGGUCGAGGAGGAGGUCGUCGAAGAAGAAGACGAGGAGGGCGAGGAAGAGGAAGAGGAGGAGGAAGAAGAGGAAGAGGAAGAGGAGGAAGAAGAGGAAGAGGAGGAAGAAGAAGAGGAGGAGGAAGAAUAAAUAAAUAAAUAAAUUUUUUCGUAAAACUACAUUUAAACAAAACCAAAGAAGAAAAAACCAAUGCCAAAAAAUUUUAAUAAAAGUAAAAGAAUGAACUAAAUAGUUAUUAUUAGCUUAUUCAAAAUACUCCAAAAGAAGCAAAUAUGAAAAGUACCACUUUUUUUUAUUGAACAAGAAAUGUAAAUUUCUUCCAAAUAAAACAUCAACAACACCAAUUAAAAAACGUAAAUUAACAUAAAUCAAGAAAUUAAAGUGUCAUACCAUCAUAUCUAUGAACAA